GCUGGGGUUUGUGCGGCUCCCGGGUCGACAGCGCUCGGGCCGUACUUCUGCUCCCGGGGGCUUUUGUGCCGGGCUGCGGCCCCGCUCCGCGUCCGCUCGAUCCAGCUCGGCCCGCGGCGCUCGGCCCAGAAGGGAGCCUCCGUGAGCGCCGAGGCGGCGGCGCGGCCCCGGCCAGCAGCCCCGAGCGAUCGCGCUGCGGGGCGGCGCGGGCCCCGAGAUGCCGGAGUUCCUGGAGGACCCGUCGGUCCUGACCAAAGACAAGUUGAAGAGCGAGCUGGUCGCCAAUAAUGUGACGCUCCCGGCCGGCGAGCAGCGCAAGGACGUGUACGUACAGCUCUACCUGCAGCACCUCACGGCGCGCAACCGGCCGCCGCUCGCCGCCGGCGCCAACAGCAAGGCCCCGCCGGACUUCUCCAGCGACGAGGAGCGCGAGCCCACGCCGGUGCCCGGCUCCGGGGCCCGCGGCCGCGCCGCCGUCGGCAGGAAAGCAACAAAGAAAACUGAUAAACCAAGAAUAGAGGAUAAAGAUGACCUAGAUGUAACAGAGCUCUCUAAUGAAGACCUUCUGGAUCAGCUUGUGAGAUACGGAGUGAACCCUGGUCCUAUUGUGGGAACAACCAGGAAGCUUUAUGAGAAAAAGCUGUUGAAACUGAGGGAACAAGGAACAGAAUCAAGAUCUUCUACUCCUUUACCAACAAUUUCUUCUUCAGAAAAUACAAGGCAGAAUGGAAGUAAUGACUCUGACAGAUACAGUGACAACGAAGAAGGAAAGAAGAAAGAACACAAGAAAGUGAAGUCCACUAGGGAUUUUGUUGCUUUCUCUGAACUUCCAACUACUCCCUCUGGUGGAUUUUUUCAGGGUAUUUCUUUUCCUGAAAUCUCCACCCGUCCUCCUUUGGGCAGGACUGAACUACAGGCAGCUAAGAAAGUACAUACUUCUAAGGGAGACCCACCUAGGGAGCCUCUUAUGACCACAAGCUUGCCUGGCAAGGGACAGAUGCAGAAGUUAGCCUCUAGAGGGAAUUUGUUUACUUCCUCCAAGUCUAGCCACGAUAGUUGUUUAGAGAGAAGUUCUUCUUCAUCUUCUCAGCAUGAACUCACUGCCAUGGGCUCUACCGCAGCUUCUCCUUCAGUGAUUAAAGAAACCACUACCACUUACUCUAAAGACAUAGUAGAAAACAUUUACCAUAGAGAAAAAAGUGGAAUUCAGCCAUUACCUACUAAAAGGGCCAAUAUUUCAGAUCAGUCAGUUCUGUCCAGCGAAAGUGAAGUGCUAGAGGAGUGUAGGAGAUCACAGGUACUUUCUCCACCACUUGCUCAGGCGAUCAGAGAGUAUGUCAGUUCUCUGUUAGUCCAGGGUGGGGUAAGUAGUUUACCUGGGACUUCUAACUCUAUAACCACACUGGAUAUAGAAAAAAUACUUAAGAGAAUUGAUCCAUCUAAAUUUCAAGAAACCAAAUCCCUGUCUUCUCCACGAAAAGUCCCUAGACUCAGUGAGAAGGCAGUAGAGGAAAAGGGUUCCAGCUCCUUGGUGGCAUUUCAGAGUAUACCUGGAUCUGCACAGAUGUCUGCUUCUGCCAAAACUGUUAUCUCUGAGUCGCUUACUACCUUAGGCAUAGAAAUGUCUACGCAGUCACAGCAUGAUAAAAUAGAUGCCUCAGAGCUAUCUUUUCCUUUCCAUGAAUCUAUUUUAAAAGUAAUUGAAGAGGAGUGGCAGCAGAUUGACAGACAGCUACCUUCAUUGGCAUGCAAGUAUCCAGUUUCUUCCAGAGAGGCAACACGAAUAUUAUCAGUUCCAAAAGUAGAUGAUGAAAUCCUGGGGUUUAUUUCUGAAGCCACCCCGCCAGCAGGUGUUCAGCCAGCCUCCACUGAAUCUUGCAAUAAACAUUUGGACAUAGCGCUCUGUAGAACAUACGAAGCUGCAGCAUCAGCAUUGCAGAUUGCAACCCACUCCGCCUUUGUAGCUAAGGCUACGCAGGCAGACAUCAGCCAGGCUGCACAGAUUCUUAGUUCAGAUCCUGAUCGCAUACCCCAGGCACUCGAGAUUCUGAGCAAAGCGUAUGAUGCGGCUUCGUUUCUUUGUGAAGCUGCAUUUGAUGAAGUGAAGAUGGCUUCCCGUACCAUGGCCUCUUCCACUGUUGGCCGCCGGCAUCUCUGGUUGAAGGAUUGCAAACUUAGUCCAGCUUCUAAGAAUAAGCUGACUGUUGCUCCCUUCAAAGGUGGCACAUUAUUUGGAGAAGUCCACAAAAUAAUUAAAAAGCGUGGAAAUAAACACUAAUAAAGAUAAGAACAAAGACAUCAGUCUUGUUUUUGAUAUGGAAAACUUAGGAGCUUUUGUAGGAGUGUCAGGUACUUUUAAGGUCAGAUUGCACUAAUUUCAAAAUGGUAAGCUUCUACUCAUUAAAUUGUAGCAUAAAAGUAAUUCCCUAUGUAGAAGUGCUCUUUUUUCUUUUUUCGAUAGGUUGGUACAAACAUAAUCUUUAUAGAUCACAUACUUGUCUCACAAAUAGUUUACUGUUUUCUCUUUUAACAAUGUUUUUACAACUCUUCAAAACUAAGAAUAUUCCAAUAAUUAAAAUAUAAGUAGAGUCCUUACUGUUUUUAAUAGUAUCAUACAUAUGUUCCUUUGUACUUAGGAUAGAAAUAAACACUUAUAUAUUCAAAAUAAUGAUUUUUUUCUUUUUGCUACUCAUGUCUAACUUCACUUUUUAGAACUUGUCCACACUUUACUCUUACAUUCUUAUUUUUGUUUGUUGCUUGUGUCUGAUAUUAUGAUGUCAGACGAAACGACUAGCCCACAGACAAUGAUGCACAAGAAUUGAAAUCUGAAGGGCUAGGGGUGUAGCUUAGUGGUUAACAGCAUGUGUUUACCAUGUGAGAGGCCCCAGGUCCAGUCCCACCCCCUCCCUAUUUUUAAUGAAGGAAUUUAAAUCUAGAGGCACUUUUUAGGCCAAUGCCAGGAUUUAUUUUUCUAGUGAACUUCUACUGGUAGCGAAAGCAGUGUAUGGGUUUCCAUUUUGAUGCAGGUGCCUCUUCUCUUCAGGGACAGGUAGUUUACAGUUCACAGACCAUACCAAUCCAUGGACCACACUUUGAGGAACACUGCUCUGCAUGACAGAUUCUCUGUGCAUACUCACUCACUAUUCUGUCGUUAGGUGAACUAGACACUGAAAAGGUGGGGCCUCUUUCUUCCUCUUUCUUUUUCUUUCAAGGUAUGUUAUAUUUCAUGAGUAUUUAGACUAACAAUCUGGAUGCUAAGAGCAAAUUGCAAUUAUUUUUGUUUUAAAGCCUUAAAUCAUACCAUAUCCAAGUGUCUGUUUGUAAAAAGCAAUGUAUUAAUCCUGUUUUCAUUUCUAUGAUUGUAAGGUAAGAAAGUCUGUAGAGGCAUUGUGGAAAAUAGUCUUAAGCAUGACAAAAUAUAGUCUCUUGGAUACUUCUCUAGCCAUUAUCAUAGGCUACACCUUCCAGCUUUGCAGCUUUCUGGAAGUAAUUUUAUUUGUUAUUUGUCUUCUGCAAUGUACAUGUGUACAUGUACCUACUAAGUGCUAUGUGAUUUUUUAAAAUGUAUUCUGUAGAAUGCUCCUACAAAUUCAAUAAAGUUGUUAAAUUUGAACAGUU